UCCGUCAUCCUGUUGACGUCACUGAGAUGUUCAGCUCCUCGGAUGAGCACGAAUAAACGCAAUCACAACAACUAGACGGCAGGCAGAAUCAAAGAAAUCAAACAGUUGUGACAUUCACAUUUAAUAUGGAAUUAAAUAAAGUCAUUUCCGAGAGUGAGAGAACGACGAAAACCUACGGCGCGCUGCACGAGACCAACAGGACCACGGACAAAGGCCAGAUGGACGUGUCCAUGGUGGAGAGCUCCAUGUCUCCAGAAGAGAUCGAGGCAGAAAUGGCUCGGAUUCAGCGCCUGCGGGAGGUGCUGGUGAGACGUGAGUCUGAACUGCGUUUCAUGAUGGACGAUAUUCAGCUCUGUAGAGACAUCAUGAGUCUAAAACAAGAGCUGAGGAAGAUUGUAACAAUGUCAGACGCAGAGAAGACAAAGAAAUAUCGUCAGAGAGAAGAGAAAUUAAUCCAGGACAUUCAUCAGCUGGUGCAGAAGAGAGAUUUUCUGGUGGAUGACGCAGAAGUCGAGCGACUGAGGGAACAAGAGGAAGAUAAAGAGAUGGCCGAAUUUCUUCGACAGAAGCUCAGUGUUGUACGGAAUCCUCCGAAGGCCAGAACGACAGAACCUCCAUCCUACAAACCCUCCAUCACCAAGAGCAGUGUGGCCAUCAUUAAAGACUGCUGUGGAGCGACCCAGUGCGCCAUCAUGUGAAGAUCAACCGAAGACUCGCAGCUCCUCGUUCUGCAGCUUUUCUUUAAACUAAUAUUAGAUGAAUAUGUUGUUUGGAUUCAUUCACUCCAGAAGCUAAAAGCGGUUUUAAACAGUCUCUCAGGAUAAUGACAGCACCAAGUCCAUCCUUAACUAUCCAGACCGGUCAGGAGGAACAGCAAAGGAUCUUGGGUAACAUCCAUCCGACCUCCUAAAUCAAUAAACCGUGCAUACAAAUCAAUUGUUCAUUUUCAACAAUGCAUGCUAAAGGUUAGAAACAUUCAUUCUUUCAAGUGUAUUAAAGUUAUAAAUACAGGUGACUGGUGAGGCUUAGUCAAGUCUGGUUUAAGGUUUGGUCAUUAGCAGCAGAAGUUUCAACCCAGAGCAUCAACUUCAUUUUGUAAACCCUGGAAAUAAAAUCAAUCUUAGUUUAAACCAUAUAAACAAACCACCCAAAAAUCUAAACGUUGUUUUCAGAGCAUCUUUCUUUAGAAGUUCAGUUCAUUAAAAAAAGAUUUUUUUCUUUUUAAAUGUGACAAACCCACCAGACCAAACAACUUGAGGCAAACAUUGGAUUAAUUUUGCCAGCGCGUUCCUUCAUUUCAUCUACACGAUUCGCUCGCGGCCAUCGGUGUGAAAAGAUGAUCUGAUACCUGCGCUUACGUCCAUCAUGGGCAUUUCUUUAGUGUCUCACAUACAGAGGAGUCACUCACGAAUGCUCAUCUAUUUAUGAAUCAGCAGAUCUUAAACUGAGAUGCAAAGCUGAAUUACAGUUGUAGUUUUAUGUCUAGGAUCCUUUCAGAGAUCAACAACUUGUGAGUGAAAAGACCAACAGGUCUCCGCAAAAUCCUGUUCAAUUAGAAAGCAUGCACAUAAAAUACACACAGAAACCCCUUCACAUAAACCGGGUGAAAUCACUUGAAAUUUCUUUACAAUUUAAACUACAUUUUCUUUGGAGUGAGAAGAUAUUUUCAACAAACAGUUACAUUAAAAGCAGCUAGUGUAGAAAAAGUUGAUUUUGGCACAAUCUGUAUUAAUCCCUCCCAGACAGCAAACGACUCUGCACCGGAUCUGGGCCAAAGUCAGCAGAUCUGGUGUGAAUCUUUCUCGUCUGCUAUUUGGGCUGUUACACAUUUUGACAUUACAAUUAAAAUAUAGCCUAAUUAUUUUCCUUAUGUUUAUUGUCAGAAAAUAUGAAGGUUUUUUCUUCAUUCAGAAUUUUAAUGACCCAGCAGUAACGACAUAAACCAGUGGCUUUGUGGAACAAACGUAACUUCCAGUAAAUUCCACAAAGAAUCAUAAAGAGUUAUUUUAGUUUAGAUACUAGCCUGACCAUUAACCAAACAGAGACCAGAAGUAAAGUUCAGUCCAGACACGUAACCGCGUCCGAUGAAAGAGUUUAUACACAAAUCUACUCACAAGUUAGUGAAGACGAUUUGGCAUCACCAAUUCACCUUUGGACCGUAAGAGAAAACCCACACAAGACAGAGAGGACAUGCAGUUAUAUCAUUAUAAUAAUCAUGUUUAAAUCACUGUGAUGAAUACAGUUUGACACGGACAAACAUUUCAAAAGUCUCUUGUGGACAAUUUCCUGAAAGAGAAAUGAUGUGUCCCGUUUUAAAAGAUGCAUUUAUGGGAGAAGCUGGAGUCGAGUCUCAAGUCUAUUUAAUGCUUUUUAUUUUAUUUUAAUGAAAAUAUGUUACUGUUGUUAUUUCAUUAAAAUUCAUGUUUCCGUCAUCGCUGAA